CAACCAAGACUUCUCCGUAGUAGGAUAGGAAUCGUAAUUGUUUAACUAACGGGAGCGAUUAUACUGCAGUCGUUGUGUUUGGUUCGCUCAGUUCGUCGCGCAAAAAUGUCCUCAAGAAAAUUCUUCGUCGGAGGAAACUGGAAAAUGAACGGCGAUAAAGAGAGUUUGGGCGAGCUCAUAAUGACCUUGAACACGGCCAGUCUCAACGAUGAAACAGAGGUGGUGUGUGGAGCACCGUCCAUUUAUCUUGAUUACGUGAGGUCCAAGCUGGACCAGAGGAUCGGUGUGGCCGCCCAGAACUGCUAUAAGGUGCCCAAAGGAGCCUUCACCGGGGAGAUCAGCCCAGCGAUGAUUAAAGACUGCGGCAUUGAGUGGGUGAUUCUGGGCCAUUCUGAGAGGCGUCACGUGUUUGGCGAGAGCGAUGAGCUGAUUGGCCAGAAGGUGGCCCAUUGCCUAGAGAGCGAUAUGGGUGUGAUUGCCUGCAUUGGGGAGAAACUAGAGGAGAGAGAAGCUGGAACCACUGAGGACGUGGUGUUUGAACAGACCAAAGUCAUUGCAGACAAUGUGAGGGACUGGACUCGUGUGGUAUUAGCGUAUGAACCAGUUUGGGCCAUUGGCACUGGCAAAACUGCCACUCCUGAUCAGGCUCAGGAGGUGCAUGAGAAGCUGAGAGGAUGGCUGAGAGAGAAUUUGUCGGAUGCAGUAGCCGACUCUGUGCGCAUCAUCUAUGGAGGCUCCGUUACUGGAGGAAACUGCAAAGAGCUGGCAGCCCAGCCUGAUGUCGAUGGCUUCCUGGUUGGAGGUGCUUCCCUUAAACCAGAGUUUGUUGACAUCAUAAAUGCCCGCUCAUAGAGAUGCCCAGCCAUUUUGACGGUCCAAAACUGCCACACUGCCCAAUCAGUGUAUACCAGCUUCCUGUCAUUCCAGCAGGUCUGAAAGUGCAUUUGUGGUUGUGUUGCUUUUGCUCACCUGCUUGUUAAACAGUCGGGGUAGGUUAUUGGACUGGAAUAUUGAAUAUUAAUAUCAACUCCCUUCCCACUUAAAGUAAUAGAAGAGAGCUUGGGCAUGUUAGUUUGUUAUUGCUGCUGCACUCGAGUAAACUGCUGUGUUGUCUAUGCACUUCCAGAGCACACUACUUGAAAUCUAACAUACUGUAUUCUCCGCAUUGAUUAACUUACAAGACCAGCGUUGAAUGCUUAACUGGGUUUGUAGUGACUUAAUGAGCACUUUAUCCUCUGUAGAAAUGACUACCUCGGUAGAAAAUUAAAAACGUAUUUGUCCGGUC